UUUUGUUUGAUAUUCGCAAUGUUAAGUGAGUUUGGUUUCCGUAAAGAUGCUCGACUUCCAAAACAAAUCCGUAAUAUAUUAUAUCAAACGGGUAUUUAUUCACAUGCUGAUGGCUCUGCUUAUAUUGAACAAGGAGGUACAAAGGUUCUUUGUGCUGUCUAUGGACCUCGAGAGGGGAGGAUUAAAUCAAGAAUUCAGGAAGAGUCAGCAAUAGUUGUUUGCCAAUAUAGCCAGUCAACGUUUUCUGUGCCAGACCGUCGAAACCGUCCACGUGGUGACAGAAGAGGAAAUACUAAUUCACGACUGCUUGAACGCGCCUUUGAGGCUGUUAUUUUUGUUAAUUUGUAUCCACGCAGUCAAAUCGACAUUUUUUUUGAAGCAGAUGGUGGGAAUUUAGCAGCGUGCGUAAAUGCGGGGAGUUUGGCAUUAGCUGAUGCAGGGAUUCCAAUGCGAGGGCUUCCUUCUGCAGUUGAAUGUGGUUGUGUCGAUGGAGUUUCUUGUACAGAUACUAGUUCUCGAGAACAAAGUGAAUUAAUUCCUCGUAUCACAAUUGCAACUGUUGGUGGGAGAGAAGAGAUUAUACUUAUAUCAUUAAAGAAUUUGGUACAUAAAAGUCAUUUGACAGAAUUUCUCAAAUCUGCAAUAGAUGCUUGUGCACAAAUUCACUCAUGUCUGGAAGCGGCUGUUUUUGAAAAUGUUAAAACUGCACAUCGUUUAUAA